CACAAUUAAUAUGAUGACGAUGAUGAUGAUUUGGUUUUGCUUGUUGAUGCGCCUCAUAACCAAAACUAGCUCUGAUCUUGCUCUGCUACUUCACUGCAGAAAUACAACUACUUACACUCCUAAUAGCACCUAUAAAGCCAACCUUGAUUCUCUUCUCUCCAUUCUCUCCUCCAAUGACACCCGUGAGAAUGGUUUCUACCACGCUAGAGUCGGCGGCGAGGGUUCCAACGACACCGUGUACGGCUUGUUCUUGUGCCGGGGCGACGUCCCACCGGAAGUUUGCAAAAGCUGCGUUGUAGAAGCGGGUGUCACUCUACCAGAUCUUUGCAACAAUGGAAAGACGGCUAUCAUUUGGUACGAUAAUUGUAUGGUGCGUUACUCGGAGAAGUCCAUGCUGGGGAUAAUAGACCUAUCGACCGGGGUUGAAUGGACAAACAAGGAAAACGGCACUGAACCAAAUAGGUACAUGCAGUUUGUGGGAAAGGUGUUUGAUCAGAUAAUCACUCGAGCAUCCAGUGGCUCCGACAAGAAAUUUGCAGUGUUGGAAGCUAAUUUUAGUGUGUUUGAGAUGGUGUACGCUCUUGGUCAGUGUACUCCUGACCUUUCUAACGUUGAAUGUCAGAUAUGUUUGAGGAAUGUUACUGCAAAGCUGCCUAGUUUUGAUUUUGGAUCCAGAGGUGCUAGAGUCGUGUAUCCAAGCUGUAACAUUAGGUAUGAGCAAUACCCUUUCUACUAUCUCUCAGCCUUGGCAGCACCCCCGCCACCCCCUCUUGUACAUCCUUAUCUUCCACGAACUACGCUUCCCAAGUCCGUUAGAAGCAAAGGGAGUAAAGGUAAAUCUUCUGUAGAAGUGAUUAUUGCAGCCUCUGUAGUGUCAAUUACUGGCAUAUCACUCCUCGCUGUCAGCUUCUGUUUCUUGAAAAUGAAAAGAGCAAAGAAGUCCCAUUUUGAUGUGAAGGAGACGACUACUGGCAUGACUGAAAUUCCAACAGGGGAGUCGACACAAUAUGAAUUUGGUACAAUUGAAGCUAUCACAAAUUGGUUCUCCCAUGAUAAUGAGAUUGGAGAAGGUGGAUAUGGUGCAGUUUACAAGGGAAGGCUUCCCAAUGGACAAGAUGUAGCAGUAAAGAGGCUGUCGAGAGGUUCAACACAAGGAGCUCAAGAAUUCAUGAAUGAGGUUGAAAUAGUUGCCAAGCUUCAACAUAGAAAUUUAGUUAGGCUACUAGGAUUUUGCUAUGAAGGAGAAGAAAAGAUACUCAUUUAUGAAUUUGUGCUCAACAAAAGCCUUAACUACUUUUUAUUUGAUCAAGAAAAACAAAAUAUACUGGAUUGGUUAAUGCGUUACAAGAUUAUAAGAGGAAUAGCACGAGGGCUACUUUACCUUCAUGAAGAUUCACGUCUCAGAAUCAUACAUCGUGAUCUGAAAAUAAGCAAUAUACUAUUGGAUGCAAAUAUGAAUCCCAAAAUAGCUGAUUUUGGCAUGGCAAAAAUAUUUGGAGUUAAUCAAACUGAAGGAAAUACAAACAGAAUUGUGGGAACAUAUGGUUACAUGUCUCCUGAGUAUGCAAUGCAUGGUGAGUUCUCUGUGAAGUCUGAUGUUUUCAGUUUUGGAGUUGUGCUUUUAGAAAUUAUUACUGGAGCAAAAAAUCGCAACUUCUGCCAAUCAAAUAAAGCACAAGACCUUCUUAGCUAUGCUUGGGAACAGUGGAGGGAUGGCACACCAUUAAACAUACUUGAUCCAAUUCUUGCAGAGUCUUAUAUAAUAAAUGAAGUCAUCCAAUGCAUUUACAUUUCUUUGUUAUGCGUUCAAGAAGAUGUAGAUGAAAGACCUACAAUGCCAGAGGUAAUGUUGAUGCUCAAUAGUUAUCCUAUUAAUAAUUGGUUAGCACCUCGUGAACCUGCAUUUUAUCGUAGUGGAAGUGAGAAGAUUUCAAAAGAGACAGAGUUGGAAUUGUCCGUAACCAUAAAUGAUGCAUCAAUUUCUGAACUUUGUCCAAGAUAGGGGAGCUAGCCAUGGAUUGUUGAGUUAUUUAUAAUGAAACUGGAAUUUCUUGGGCUAAAAUGUUGUGUUGAAGUUUGGAAAGAAAGCUUUUUCAGAAGAGAAGAUUUAAUUUCUUGAAGAGAAGUUUGAGAUUUCUGAAUAGAAGUUAGCCAGAAAAGUUGUGGACAUUUAAGAUUGUUUUUUUGGGUGAAGCAUUGUGUGACAGGCUCAAUCAAGGUUUAGUAUGAGAAUCAUGUACCAUUCACUCGGUCACCUUUUUAGAACAUAUUUAUGAUUUUUUACUCUUGUGGUCU